AAAAAAAAAACAUAAACGAGGUGAAAUCAUAAGUAGGAGGAGAAAGGGGAGGGGUGGUGUGUGUGCAUGUGUGUGUGUGUAAGAGAGAGAGAGAGAGGGAGAGAGAGGAAACACACCCGUUAAUAGCGCGCGAAGGCAAAGAGAGAAAAAAAAGGAAAGGAAUAAAGCAUCAAAAAAAAAAAAAAGAGCGAGACAGAAGCUCGGACAAAGAAAACAUGGACGCAGACAAGGAGUGUAUUCGUGCACGUUUACAAGGGAAUUUGUUACCAACACGUCGUGUGCGCGAAACGGAGAACAAUUAGGCCAGAUUAAUGCCGUGCUGGGAAGCGAGGCUCUGCUGCAGAGAGACAGUUGUUGUUUUUUUUUAUCCGCCUGCGGAUUCCGGGAGCUUGCGAUGGCUGUUGCGGGGAAAUGUUACAGAUAUGGGGAAAACGUGUCUUUUCUGUCGUUCCUGAUAGUUUUGCUCUGUUGUGGCCUUGCGCUUGGACAAAUCCGCUAUUCGAUUCCAGAGGAAUCUGACAAAGGAACGGUUGUGGGUGACAUUGCGCAAGAUCUGGGGCUCGACGUUGCCAAGCUCUCUAGUCGAAGCAUCAAGGUAACGGCGGACGGAGGAACACGGUACGUAGAUGUGAAUCAGAAGAACGGAAAGCUCUUGGUGAACGAGCGAAUCGACCGCGAGACGUUGUGUGAGCGGACCGGCGGCGGCUGCGUUUUGAAUUUCGAUCUGCUGCUCGAAAACCCAUCCGAGGUGCACAGCAUCGAGGUGGAGGUGAUCGACGCGAACGACAACGCGCCGCAAUUCCCGAGGGACGAGUACCAGCUGGAAAUAACGGAGUCGGCGUCGCCAACGUCUCGCUUCCCUGUCGAGCACGCGCUCGAUCCGGAUGUCGGAACGAACUCGGUUCGGUUCUACCGGCUCGGGCCGAACGAGCAUUUCGCGCUCGAUUCCAGCAAGCCGUCGCCCAACAGCAAGCACGUCGAGCUGGUGCUGAAGAAACCUCUCGACCGCGAGCAGACGCCGUACCAUCAGUUGGUCCUGACGGCGUCUGACGGCGGCACACCAGCUCUGACGGGUACGGCGAAAAUUAACGUGCGCGUCUUAGAUUCGAACGACAACAAUCCCGUAUUCGACAACUCCGUCUACAAGGUGAAACUGCUGGAAAAUUCACCGAAAGACACACUCGUUAUUAAAUUAAACGCCACGGACCAGGAUGAGGGCACCAAUGCUGAGGUCUUCUACUCCUUCAGCAGUUACACUCCGGAAAGGGUCAGACAGGUGUUCAGCAUGGACACCAACACUGGAGAAAUCCGAGUUCGGAGCAACGUCGACUACGAGGACACCAACUCGUAUGAGAUGUACAUCCAAGCCAUGGACAAAGGACCGGCUGCCGUUGCAGCCCACUGCAAAGUGGUGGUGGAGGUGGUCGAUGUGAACGAUAAUGUUCCGGAGAUUGUGCUUUCAUCCCUGUCCAGUCCUGUACGUGAGGAUGCCCGUGCUGACACCGUCGUCGCUCUGAUAAGUGUGACCGACCGGGACUCUGGCCCAAAUAAGCAAGUGACCCUAGAGAUCCCACCUGGCCUUCCAUUCAAAAUCAAAUCCUUCAGGAACUACUACACUUUAGUUACCUCUGCCUUUUUGGACCGCGAAACCACAGCAGCCUAUAACGUAACGCUCAGUGCCAUGGAUGGUGGCACUCCUCCACUCUCCUCCCGGAAGACCAUUCAGGUAGACGUGGCGGAUGUUAACGACAAUCCACCACGGUUUGAGCAGACCUCAUACACUGUUUAUGUUAUGGAGAACAAUGCACCUGGAGCCUCUCUUUGCACUGUCAAAGCUCUUGACUCAGAUGUGAAUGAGAAUGCUCGUAUCACUUACACCGUUCUGACUGACAACAACCAUGGCAUUCCUGUCACUUCGUAUGUUUCAAUCAAGCCGGACACAGGUGUAGCUUAUGCACUCCGCUCCUUUGAUUAUGAAUCACUAAGGGAGUUUCACUUCCAGGUAAAAGCUCAAGAUGGGGGUAUUCCUCCCCUAAGCCGUGUUGCCACUGUCUAUAUCUAUGUCAUGGACCAAAAUGACCAUCCACCAGACAUUGUGAAUCCUCCAGCCAAUGGGACACGCUCAACUGAAACAGUGCUAAAAAACGUUGAAGCAGGUGCUUUGGUCACAAAGGUGGUAGCAUAUGAUGCAGAUGCUGGACAGAAUGCCUGGCUCAUUUAUGUUUUGGAUCAGUCUUCUGAUCUGGACUUGUUCAAAGUGCAUGAGCACACUGGGGAGAUCCGAACCACACGUCGAGUCCUGGAAGACAACUCGACCUCAUUCAGUCUCAUUGUGCUGGUGAAAGACCACGGAGAUCCCCCACUCUCUUCUACUGCCACCAUUAACAUAGCUGUCAUGGAGGUGCCACCCAAAGUCAUCCCUGACCCCAAGAAGAUAAUUCGCCCUUACAACACACCUCUCUUUUCUAAUGUGACACUCUACCUUAUUGUAGCACUUAGUGCCACAACUUUUGUUUUUCUAGUCACUGUGGUGGUGUUAGCCAUUGUGCGAUGCCAUGCCUAUUGUACACAACCUGGCUCAUGUUCACCCUGCUGUGUUUCUCAAAAGAACACACAAGAUGGUGGGUCUGGAGGAGGUGGAGUGUCUCAAGCCAACAACAAUGUGGUCCUCCGCCGAGACCUUAAAGUUGAACCUCACUAUAUUGAGGUCCGUGGAAAUGGCUCUCUGACCAAAACCUACUGUUAUAAAACCUGCCUGACUGCCACAUCAGGCAGUGACACGUUCAUGUUCUACAACACGGGCCGGCCCAUCAGUGGGACCUGGGGUUCGGAGCGCUUCUUCACAAGUGGCAGUGGGUUUGUGCGCAGACUCAGCAUGCCAGAUGCAGCAAUGCAGCCCAAGGGACCGAAUGCUGACUGGCGAUAUUCUGCUUCACUGAGGGCAGGCGUGCAGAGCUCUGUCCACAUGGAGGAAGCCUCAGCUGUGAUGCAGGGGGCACAAGGAAUGCUGGUGCAGAACUGGCCAACAGUCUCCAGUGCUGCAGAUGGAGAGGCUGAGGGACAGCUUUCUCCUCCUGUCGGAGCUGGAAUCAACAGUAACAGCUGGAGCUUCCGUUAUGGCGCUGGACCAGGUUACGGUCCACCACCUGCUCUGAAACCUGGCGAGAUUCCUCCUGAAGCUUUCAUUAUUCCUGGCUCGCCUGCAAUCAUCUCCAUCCGGCCAGACCCUGGGGCUAUGGAUGACAAGGGAGACUUUAUUAGCUUUGGCAAGAAAGAGGAUCCCAAGAAGAAGAAAAAGAAGAAGAAGGAGAAAAAGGACAAGAAGGAUAAGGGCAAAGAUGAUGGCGAAGAGUAAAGGAUUGAUCAAAUUUGGCUGUUUCAUAAACAAUCUUCCUAAUGAACUCAAAGAAAGGAAAAAGCAAGAAAAAUCUGUAAAGACAUACAGCAUAGAUAAGAGAGUCCUUUAAUUGAAGCUCUCAAUAUGGGGAGAUUGUUUUUUUGCUAGCCCCGCCCAGUGCUGAUCAUUCUCUUUUCUCUUUGUACCCAACCUCAGAUAGCCCGAAUCCUCAAACCAUGAUGAUGAUGGCUCCUAGGAGGCAAUAAUUGGCUGUUUCUCUACUCAAUGUAUCCAAAGGGUUUACACUUUACAGGUUUCUAAGUGAUAGUUAUAAAAACAAUACAGCAUUUAUUCUAAAAUCGCAUUAUAUCAUUAGGUCUAAUAUCCUUAUUCUGGACAUCGUUUAUGACUCCAUUACUAUGGCAGGAAUUUGUACUGUAAACAACCAAAAUGUCUUUUAAAGAAAUAUGAUAUUUUCAGCAUUAUGUGUGUGUGAUGCAGAGGAGAACCACUUCAGGGGUAGUAAAUUAGUCAUGUUUAAAAUCAAUAAUUUCAGGGUUUGAGCUCACAGAGCCCCCUGCUGCCUUUGAGUGGCACACUAAUGCUGAAACCUCAUGUGCUUAACUUGGUAUUGCAAAAAAAGUACAACCUAUUCAACUGCAAUUACAGUUCUUCACUUGAAUAUAUAGGUAUACUCAUAUAAACUUCCAUAUGUUAAAUUUAUGGUCAGACCUGUAAAGUAGACUUCUCUGUCUGAUAUGUUAGAUAAUAUCGGGCUGCAUUGCUCUUAUGUAAUAUAGGCAGGAAUGUUGCUUGUUGCUUCAUUUCAAACCAGGCCUGUCAACGUCUCACCCCGCAGUUUGCCAGCGCUUUGGCUUUUAAUGCUUGUAAGUUUUGCUCAGACAGACAUUCUAUGUCUUUCUCUCUCUCAGUCCUCCUCCAUGUUUACAGUCGUACACACCCAGAACUGCCCUCUAGUGGCUGUGGUGUUGGACUAAGUAAAGAAAAUCAGACACUAUCUCUGACUUAGAACAGCUACACUCAGAUUAAGCCUUAGCACUGUUACUACAACUUUCAAUCUUUCCCCACGGAGCAAUGCACAUGAGCCAACUUCCAUCCAACUAAAGCUUAAGCUGCAGCAAAAGAAAAAGCCUCUUGUCUUGUUUGAGUGAUUGAUGAGGGAGGGUGUGUAGACAAUUCUGAGAAGUAUGAUUUGGCAAAAAGAAAUGUACAGACUGCUGAAUAUGGUAAUACAUCAAGCUGGGCUGCAAAAUCGCACCGGAGUAUUCAAGAAGGUUUCAUGUUUGCGAUUUUGUUUAGUUUUUUCUUGAGGGAUUUAUGGUCCCUUUAUUUUUUUCUUUGUCUUUGCAGUAGGGCUAUUGAUCAAGGUAUAGAAUGGAUGUUAGUGCUGCUAUAAUCGAUACCACACACACACACACACACACACACACACACACACACACACACACACACAGAGUACAGCCUUCAGGUGUGGUUUAGUGCUCUCAGAUCACUAAGUGACUGCUUGCAUGUGAUACACAGAUAAAACAAACUAUAUAUAGAUAUAUAGAUAGAUAUGCUUUCCAGAUUUAUUUUUACCCAUGCCUCUUGUAAUUAAAGACGUGCAUCGUCUCUAAGGAAACACAUAGACUUAUAUCUAAUUGCUCAUUCGGAUUCAAUUAUACGCAAAACCACCAGGGGAACAAUGCUAUCCCUGUGACAUCAACGUUAUCCUUACUAUUCUAGGUAAAUGUAUAUUGCUGUAGUGUUAUGCUAUGAAUCUGUUUUUAUAAUCAUAAAUAUAUUUGAAAUCAUGAAGAAACAACUUAAUGUGGAACUGCUUCAUAUAUCCCCUUCUAUGCUAUUGACCUUGUUUUCCAAAAAAAACUUUAAAAAAUUCACAACAAAAAUAUCAAAACGAUAAAUCGCAACAAAAACCCCUGUCUAUGUGCUCUGCCUGUGUGUAGUGAAUGUUUAUUAAGUCAGUCAGUGCCAAAGUGGCACUUUGCUCUUGACUUUGAAGGUGCAAGUCUAUCAAACAACCUUUUUUGUACACCUGCUCAUUAGUGUAGUGGUGAUUUAGUGUAUUUUUUUCCUUUCUUUUCUUUUUAUAUCACUUUAUGAAAUCUGUUAAUGUGUUUUGUUUAUAAACAAUAAAUAAAUCUUUUUCAUAAGUACCAACAA